GUAACUGAAAAAAAGUUGUGAGCGGAAUUGUUUUUUUGUCGAAAGAGUGGGAAAAAAAAGAAGAGGAUGCUCCAAUUUUGCAGCCAACCUUGAUUUUUUUAUUUCGCAGGGUAGGCGGCGUGCAUUUUCUGACGCUACUGCACUCCAUUUAUUUUCAUCGCACAGAAAAUGUCUUCGUUUUUCACGCUUCCAGCUUCGCAGCGCAAGCGGAAAAGAGAAGAUCGUGUGGCCGCACCUGGGUCGAAGAAGCGGGGAGUUGCUGCCAAUGGGGAUAACCGCGAGAAGAAAUCAGCACAAAGACAAGAGCGAGAUGAAUCGAUUUCCGGAAGCGAAUCCGAUGAUGAACAAGACGGCGCAGAGUCCGGUCUUUCUGAUGAAGAGGCCUCGGAUUCAGAGGAAGGCGAGACCGCCGCAGAACGGAGGUUAAAGCUUGCAGAAAGAUACCUGGAUAAUAUCCGCGACGAGGUGGAUGACACGGUUGGCUUUGAUGCUGCGGAAAUAGACCGUGAUCUGAUUGCAGAGAGGUUAAAAGAGGAUGUGGACGAAGCCAAAGGCCGCAUUUUUCGAAAAAUAGCUUCCCAGCUCGAUUUUUCAGCAGCGCAGCAUUCAUUUUUUCGCGCCGAUACGCACUCCACCACGGCCAUUGCAGUGCAUCCUCCCUAUGCUUACACUGUUUCGAAAGAUCGAACCCUAAUCAAGUGGGAAUUGGCAACACCACGUACAGAUAAGCCCUCUACAUCGUCCGGCGACAACGACCGUCGAAAACAUCCAGGUCGCAAGAAGCCAAAGAAUCUAAAAUUUGUGAAAGGCCUACGGAAAGCUCGCCCAAGUGGCGAUGUUCAAGGACAUACUGGGAACAUUUUGACUGUGGCAGUAUCGCCGUCUGGAAAAUUUGUUGCUACUGGCGGGCAAGACAAGAAACUCAUCAUCUGGGAUGCUGAAACACUCACUCCUAUGAAAACAUUCACUCAGCAUCGCGAUGCUGUUAGUGGGCUAUCAUUCACACGGCAUAUUUCGACGCACAGUUCAGGAGAGCAACUGUUCUCAGCAUCUUUCGAUCGUACGAUCAAGACAUGGUCGCUGAGUUCAGGGGGGCAUGCAUAUGUCGAAACUCUGUUCGGACACCAAGAUAACGUCCUGUCUGUUGCAGCCAUGAUGACAGACCAAUGUUUGAGUGUUGGCGCUCGAGACCGGACCGCACGACUAUGGAAAGUCGUCGAUGAGGCCCAACUUGUCUUCCGAGGAGAUUCCUCGAAGAAAGACGAGUAUCAAACAAAUAGCAUUGAAUGCGUGGCUGCCAUUCCCCCCACCCAUUUCGUUACGGGUUCCGACAGCGGUGCCCUUUCGCUAUGGUCUAUCCACAAGAAAAAGCCUCUACACACCAUACACCUUGCCCAUGGCCUAGAUCCGAUACCACCUCUUGAUCAGUUGUCGCCCGAGGUCGACCUACAAACGGCAGCACACAACACACGCCACCUUCGCCGCGUGCCCCGUUGGAUCACUGCCCUCACUACCGUACCUGGUACCGAUGUCGUCCUGAGUGGAAGCUGGGACGGUUGGAUCCGUGCCUGGCGCGUGUCAGAAGACAAAAGGGCUCUCAUCCCUCUCGGCCCAGUCGGCCACCCAUCAACCAACUCUCUUACUUCAUCGCUAUAUCUCAAACCGACACUCUUCGACAACACCCCCGCCCCAGACGCCGCAGCCAUCAAGCCCAACGAGACGAAACCAGAGCCUGAACCGCUAUUAAAGGGAGUCGUCAACAGCAUCGCGGUCUUUGAGCGACGCGCAGAAAGGACAGUAUCUGGCGCACCGAAACCCAAGCCGAAGGAAGAACGGCAGCAGGCACGCGGACUCUGCAUAGUCGCAGCGCUAGGCAAAGAGCAUCGGCUUGCUCGCUGGAAAGUCUUUGAGAAUAACCAUCUCGAUGGACCGAGUCCUCAAGGACGCAAUGGAGCUGUUGUUUUGGAGGUGCCCUUUUUUGAGAACGUCGAUCAUGAUCAGAUAGAAUCCGAAGCGCACGCAUAACGUUGUGUCUAGAUAAUACACACUCAUCAUCACCAUCACUAUUAUCUGCCUUGCAUUGUUCUUGUCUACGGGAGUUUGUAUAAAAAGUGGGAAUUCGAGCAUUACUGUUCUUCUUCGGUGGAAGAAUGAGUGUACAUAAAAAGUUCCAGCUAGCAUUACGGGUUGCAAGUUGAAUUAUUAUAAAGAUUUUU